AUGACCGCCUUUGUGGUGGAAUCAUGGAUAUGGUAUUCGGUGACCAUAUGUAUAGUUCUCUCGCGCAUGGCAUCGCGCCUGCUACUAUUCAGAUCCUUGCUACGACUACAGGUCGAGGACUACCUGAUGAUGUUCCUGACCUGCCUAUACACUAUUCUGAUCGUGUUUCUCAACAUUGACCUGAAUGUCUCAACGAAUCUCAUCGACCCAGCCCAUCCGGUUGUCUUGACACCCGAAGAGAUAUCCCGCCGUACAUGGGGAUCUAAGACUAUUCUCCUUGUCGAACAGUGCAUGUGUGCUGUGCAAUGGGGAACCAAGUGUUGUCUCCUUCUGCUCUACUGGCGCCUCACUCAGAAUCUCAAGCAAGGCAUGGUGGUCAAAAUCGCAGCGGCAUAUGUAGCCAUCACCUACAUCGUCAUGGAGAUAUGCUAUUUCGGCGUUUGGUGUCGACCCUUCCACGACUAUUGGCAGACUCCUACGAAUAAUGUGCAGUGCACCACCGCCUUGCACCACCUCAUCAUGAACCUAGUAUUCAACCUGAGCAGCGAUAUCUUGAUCUUGUCAAUUCCCCUUCCGCUAUUUGUCAAGGCGCAUCUGGAGCCCAAGAAGAAGAUUCUCCUGGUGUUCCCCUUCAGCCUGGGACUGUUUACAAUGCUCUGUGCAAUUCUAAGCAAGCGUCUGAGUUUCACUCAUCCCUUCAGCUCCGAAUGGGUGUACUGGUAUUGCCGAGAAGCAAGCACGGCAAUGAUUGUCACCAACAUGCCAUACAGUUGGGCACUGAUACGACGGAUCUUCAAUCUGCGAUCCUUCUUUGGAGAUUCGACCUCCGGCCAUCUACAAGCAGGACAACCGAGAACGCUUCAUGGAUAUAGUGCGGGAGCAAUCGCCCUGGACAGUCAACCGCGAUCGCGACAACCGAGUCACGUGGAUGACGACCCUAGGAAGCCUUCGUGGCAUCGCCUCAAACUUCACCGGACAAAAGAGGACAGCCCCUGGGCCCAUGGUGACCUGGCCAAAGAAAAGGAAGUCGCUGUAGAAGCCACCACGGUAUCGACCAGCACCAGUAGUGCCGGCUCUAUUCGCAGACCACCGCCGGCAGCAGCAGCUAACACGGAUUGGACCUUGGAUCGUCUGUACCCCUUGGAUGACGAAGAAAUUAUGGCCCCAGAUGUAACGCACCGGCGAUAUGAGGGUGUGUGA